AUGGAUGAGGGGAAAAUAGUAUUAAUCGGGAACGAGUCAGACGUUCUUCAUUGCGGAUACAGCCACGCAAUCUCUGACGCCGGAAAGAGGUAUCCUAGUGCGGUGCAUUACACCCAUUCUAUGAUUUUAAGCCAACUAGGAGUAGAUGAAAACGUAAUUCUGGAACUUUUGUGCACAUCAGCAUGUGAUGUUCCUUUAAAGAGUAGCAAACAGGCAUAUUCCAUGCAAGGAUUGCGAUUACGUGUAGAACAGGACAAGCUAUUCGAGAAAGCACUGAUGAACACAAAGGAAGCAUUGCUAAUCGUAUGUGAUCCCCGUGACAAAGAGUUGGGAAUAGGUAUGGAUGAAAAUCAGUUUGUGGAGUGGAUGGCUCGCGAGAAGGCAGAUUCUCAAAUGGUUGAAUUUUGGAUGAAGAAUGAGGCUGCUAAGCCCCUUGCCUUGGGUGGGAACCAAAUGGGGUUUUUUCUAAUGUGGUUACGGUUCGAAGUACGGGAGAAGAAGAAAGCAGCUAUGCUAAACAAGCAACCGCUUGAGAUCGAGGGGCUUUCAACAGACAAUGACGAUAAUCCUAUUAAAAUCAAAGUCAACGACCAGAUUAUCUCUCUUCAAGGUAUAUUUCGUCCAUUGAGUAACUACUACCCGCUACCAUUUGAAAUGAAGGGUGAACGUUAUCGAUCGGUGGAACAUUAUGCUUAUGAGAAAUUAUUUAUUGCUCUAAAACUGGACGACAAAUCGAUUGAGAAGAUCCAAACAACAGUAUUGCCCGUUGAUGUGGCCACAACGGCAAGACGGUAUCUAAUGAAGCAUGAGAUUCCUGAGUCUACCAUAGAGGCAAAAAUGUCUAAAAUGGAUCGAUGGCGACAAUCAGCAAUGAAGCAUAAAAUUGCGCAAAACGAAUAUCUACAGCAACUUUUGCUUAGCACCGGAGAUGCUCUUCUCAUUGAUUGUUGUGAAGGUGAGCCAAUGUGGACUUGUGCUUCGUCUGAACGUGAAAUGCAACGGUUACUAACGAAGCCUUACAUUGGGCCAGCAGAUCUUAUAAAAUGGAUGAGAAACAAGGACGACAAAACCCCAAAAACAUUGGCUCAUCUAGUUGGUAACAAAACUGGUCUCCUUCUCAUGGAGUUGAGAGUGAAGUUGGCCUCUCAAACUGAAAGUCGCAUUCCUCUCAUAUCACAUUUCAACACUGCCAGUUUGUCGUCGAUCGUUAGUUCGAAUGUCAUAUGUUUUACGGCGGAAUCAGUGUUCCAUCCACUCUAUCCUGCUGAAAUACAUGUUGUAGAAGGACAACCUCUUUUUGCUUCUCCUGCACAUUUUGUUGCAAGUCAAGCAGUAAAAUAUCUCGGUUUCAACACUGAAGAUGCUGAAUACGUAAUGGAAACGGAAUCAUCUCUUGAAUGUUGGGAACGAUUGCACCAAACAAUAGAAGCGAAGGGUCGAGGGCUGGAAAGAGAGCAGAGUUGGUGGAUGGAAAGACGACAAAAGGCUAUCAAGGACGCAUUAACUUUACUUUUUGAACAGCAUCCACCACUACUGCGUGCUCUUCUGGAUACUGGCGAUGCCAUGCUGGUUUAUUGUGCAAGGUUUUGCUCAAUGGAAACGGAAUUAUCUAUUGGUAUGCGUGAGUCAGAUCUUCGUGCGUGGCUAUAUACCGUAGAUAUUUCUAGCAAACAGUUACUGGAGCUCUGUACGCGACCAAUGGCAUUUCGCCCAUCGUAUCUCGGUGGUAACCGCCUGGGUCUAAUUUUGAUGGAACUACGUCGCGAGUUCGUCCUUCGAGGAGCGUUUCCUCAUACACUUCCUGAGCUUCCAAUAAGCGUUGAUGUUAUUCUUGGAACUGAUUCACCAACAGAAAGUAUGAUGGUCAGUGAUCCAUUCGAUAUUUUAUGCCCAGAUAACUACACUGCUCUUUGGAUUAAUCCUCUCUUUAUUUUGGCAAAAGAAAAGAAGGAUGCAGAUCUUGUGAAUAUUGCGUCUUGGGUAAAAAUACCACCACGGCUUAUCACUGUUGAUGAAUCGAGGAUCAAUGAGAUUGUUGAGAAAUUACUAAAGGCGAAUGGGAAGGAUAACACUUAUUUGCGCUCGGUUCCUUCAGAGGAUAUGCGAGCAGUUUUUAUGAAAUUGACAUGUAUGCUACGUUCAACACUCAGUGAAGUCGAGACUUACUACAACGAUAUGCAAACUUUGUCUGUGGAGGUGAAUCGUAUGCAAGUAAUCCGUCGAGGGCUCGAAGACACACAUGAACGAGAAAAGCGACCAGAACGAGCAGCAGCAGGUCGCGACCGUUUCCCGGAUCGUUCGCACGACAAAUCACCUAUACCUUCAUUGCUCGGCAUGUCAGUCGUACCGCCAGCGUCUUCGCAGUCAAUCAACCAACGUAGAGAACGAGACUAUAAGAUUCCUACAAGAAGACGUAGUCCAUUUGGAGACGAGCGCCGACGAAGAGAUACGGAACGUAGAGGUCGAUCGCCUUCGCACCGUAGCAAUGAUAUUCGUAGCCCACCCCGACGAAAGCAGGUUACUCCUCCGCCGCCACCACAGCCAAAGCCACCGAAACAACCAAGACCAGCAGAUCGGGAAUUGUCAGAUGGAGAAAUACUCUCUUCGGAUGAAGACUGA